AUGGCCAUUUUACUGGGAAAGAGGAAGCGCGUGGAGCCCAAGGUCGAGAAUGCCAAGAAGCCUAAGCCUAAGCAGGCCCCGGAACCGGCAGAUGAUGCGGAGGACUUGAAGGCUAUUUUUGCGCGCGCAUUUGAGGCGAAGUUCAAGCCUCUUGAUGGCGCAAAGAAGUCUGAGGCUCGGGCUCAAGCUCCCGAACCUGCAGUUGAGGAAGAGAAAGAUGAGGAGGAGGACGACUGGGAAGGCAUUUCUGAGGAGGAGGAUGCGCCAAAGGUCGAGGUUGUCGAGCACACAGGACCAGUUCACAGAGAGCGAGCAGACAAGUCUGAACUGAAAGCGUUCAUGUCUUCCAAACCCCCCUCUUCCGCGGCCCCCGCCACGAAUAAACCAACCAAGGCCGGCGGAGACAACGGAGAAGAGGGGGAAGGAGAAGCCAUGAAUCUUAAGAAUGAUUUGGCGCUUCAGCGUCUUCUGAAGGAGUCCCAUCUUCUGGAUGCAAACGACAUCCUCAGCGGCCCGACAGGGAAGAGCCGGCACAAAGCUACCGACAUGCGUCUCCAAGCCUUGGGCUCGAAGAAGUCAAUUCUACAUCAAGAGAAGAUGCCCAUGUCACACCGGAAGGGCAUAGUCGCCAAGGCAGCCGCGAAGGAAUCAAAGCGACGACAGGAGGCGAAGGAAAAUGGUAUCAUCCUCGAGAAACCGACGAUGAAGAAGGUGGAGCAUAAGAAGAGGGAGAGGGGUGUUGGUGGGCCGGACGUUGGUCGGUUUAGCGGUGGCACGCUGAGGUUGAGCAAGGCAGACAUAGCGAGUAUUUCAGGACCCAGCAGAGGUUCGUGUGGGAAAAGGGGAAGGAGAUGAAUGUUCAAGAAAUAAUUCCAGAUACCCAGCGAAGAUGGGACAAUUUAUUAGGAGUAACGGCAUCACAAUAACUUUAUUUCUUGUAUAGACAUAGCGAGAGUGAACACCACG